AUGCUCCGAGCGCCUGUGUCAAACCUUGCACGUGCAAGGGCCGAGCGGAAGAGUCGCAACGAGGCAUACUUAAAGCCACCCUUCGAGCUCGAACCUUUCACUCUCCCUCCAACUUUUGAGCUCCACAACACGAACUCACCACGCGAAACCACUUUUCAAGAUCGCUCACUUAUUCGUUCGCAGCUCACCAUGGCUUCGAAGUACAGCGCCGCGGCCAUCAACGGCCUCUCCGACGCUGAAAAGUUGCGCUUCGCGUUGGCUUACUUGCACCACCACGACCCCAAGAACGUGGACUGGGCCGGUGCGGCUGCUCACUCCGGAUCCAAAUCGAAGGAAAGCUUCAAAGUCAUGUUCAACCAGACACUGAAGAAGCUUGACAAGCAAUCCGAGGGAGCUGCGGAUGCCGACGUGGCCUCACCUGCGGCCAAGUCUACCAAGGCCGUAAAGCGCAAGAAGGCCGACCUCGAGGAUGACGACGAGGAGGCUCCCACCCCGAAGAAGCGCGGACGCAAGAAGGCAGUCCCGAAGAACAUCACUCCCGAGAAGGAGCUCCAGGCCGAAGAGGGGCUCACGCUCAAAGAAGAAGAGGCCCUGGAUGAUGCCAUCAAGGGUGUCUUCGACUACGACGCCUAG